AUGCAAGCUCGAGGAGGACAUGCAAAUGUGGUAGCAUUGCUGGCUAAUGAGCGAGUGGACGUUAACGCUUUGAGCAAGACUGGUGAAUCAGCUCUUCUCAUCGCAUCCCGAUACGGACAUGUCGAUGUCGUUCAAGCUUUACUAGAACGAGGAGCAAACGCUGCGAUUCGGGAUCAGGCUAUCGGCUAUUUGCUGCCGACGGAUUACGAAUGCUCGAGGGGUUAUUUACUGUCUGCGCAUUUGCAAGAUGAUAAAUGUUAG